AUGGCUGCCCAUCACAGGCAGGCUAGCGGUCAUGGAAUGCGUAAAAAAGUGCAGGUUUCAUUUGUUAUCCGUGAUGAAGUGGAAAAAUAUCACAGGUCUGGUGUUAAUUCACUUCAAUUUGACGGAUAUCUUGGCCGCUUAUACUCUGCUGGGCGCGAUUCCAUCAUCAGAAUAUGGAAUGUAAGGAACUUGAAGGAACCUUACAUUCAAUCGAUGGAACAUCAUACAGAUUGGGUGAAUGAUAUAGUCUUAUGUUGUGGUGGAAAAAAUCUUAUUUCUGCGUCAAGUGAUACAACAGUCAAAGUUUGGAAUGCUCAUAAAGGAUUUUGUAUGUCAACUUUAAGAACACAUAAGGAUUAUGUCAAAGCAUUGGCAUAUGCUAAAGACAGAGAGCAAGUUGCUUCAGCAGGCCUGGAUAGAGCAAUUUUUUUAUGGGAUGUUAAUACAUUAACAGCACUAACUGCAUCAAACAACACUGUUACAACGUCAUCAUUGUCGGGAAACAAAGACAGCAUAUACAGUCUUGCUAUGAAUCCUCCAGGGAAUGUAAUUGUUUCUGGCUCUACUGAAAAAGUUUUAAGAGUUUGGGAUCCUCGAACUUGUCAAAAAUUAAUGAAACUAAAAGGACAUUCAGAUAAUGUAAAAGCAUUGGCAAUCAAUAGAGAUGGUACACAGUGUUUAUCUGGUAGUUCUGAUGGUACAGUUCGUUUAUGGUCUCUUGGUCAACAGCGAUGUGUUGCUACUAUUAGAAUUCAUGAAGAAGGAGUUUGGGCACUUCAGGCCAACGAAAGUUUUACUACUGCAUUUUCUGGAGGAAGAGAUAGAAAAAUUUUCAAAAUAGAUUUAAGGAAUACAGAAAUGAAAGCCUUAAUUGGUGAAGAGACUGCAUCGGUUCUUAAGAUGAUUCUAACUCCUGAUGCCUCUUCCUUGUGGGUUGCUACCACUGAUUCCAGUAUAAAAAAUUGGUCUGUUAAUAAUCGGAAUUCGCGUAUGGAAGAUUAUGACACUGAAACUCUGCCUCCCAUUAACCAACACCCUGACCAUAUGAUAAAAGGCAAUCCAAGCAUCAGGCACUAUGCUGUUUUAAAUGACAAGAGGCAUAUUCUGACUAAAGAUACAGAUAACAAUGUUCAGUUAUAUGAUAUAUUAAAAGCUGCAAAGCUAGAAGAUUUAGGCCAAGUUGAUUUCGAUACUGAAGUGAAGAAAAAUUUCAAAUUAGUGUAUGUUCCUAAUUGGUUUUCCGUUGAUUUAAAAACUGGGCUACUUUGCAUUCAUAUGGACGAACCUGAUAGUUUUGCUGCUUGGGUUUCUUCUAAAGAAUUUGGGCUUGGAACAAAUGAUGGUCCUGACCCUAAAGUAAACUUGGGAGGAUUACUACUUCAGGCUUUACUUGAACAUUGGCCUGCUACAUAUUCUGUUGAUGAAGAAUGUGAAAAUGGUAUGAUUUAUAUAAAUGAUGAAAUUGAUGAACGUCAAAGACCUGGAAAUCCAUAUUUUAGUGUUCCUGAUCAUACACCUGUAAUAUUCAGUGAAGUUGGUGGACGUACUCUUCUUCGACUACUUGUUGGUGAUGCUGGUAGAGAAACCGAAGAGUUACUUCUCCAUGAAACUGUUCCUGCUUGGGUUACCGAUGUUGUUGUUUCUAAGAACAUGCCACGAUUCAACAAAAUUCCAUUUUACCUUUUACCGCAACAGUUAUCAGGGGCGAAGCCAUUGAGAAAAGAACGUUUGUCUGCUAGUGAUAUGCUACAGGUGCGAAAAGUAAUUGAGCAUGUAUACGAAAAAAUUAUGGGUGCUGGGUCGGAUGCUGGAUCACAAACUGCGAGUCAAUCUGGGGGCUCUGGUGGACAAGAAAAAGGAGAAUCUGAAAAGGAUGAAGAAAGAACAUCAAUAGCUGAAGAAAAAGUUGAAUUGUUAUGUCAAGAUCAGGUAUUAGAUCCCAAUAUGGACUUGAGAACUGUUCGGCACUUCAUUUGGAAAAGUUCAAAUGAUUUGGUGUUGCAUUAUAGAGCUAUAAAGUAG